GUGAUGUAACACAUCGAUGCCGAUCUGAGCCUGACUCUUUCACCUACCGACUCUCGCUUCUCGCAAUCAACGUCAUUCUAACACACUGUUAACCACAGUACAGUGUGUGAUUGAUGAAGCUUCGCCAUCUCCCACGCCUAUCUGAAUUCUGACGCUUCAUUCCUCGAUUUCCCACCCCUCAGUCUCAUCAUCACCGACGGCACAGCCGCAGCCUCGCCACCAUAGGCCGCAAGCACUUCGGGGCCCCGCGCCCAGGAAAGAGCAAGCACUUCGGCGGACUUGACCGUGUUGACGACGCUGACGGCGAUUCUGAUUUCGGCGACUUCAGCGUCCAAGGCAAGCGACAGCACAGGAAGCCAAAGAAGAACAAAGGCAAACGGAACAAGCGCAAAAUGGGCCAAGAACAGUCCCUCAUUGACGACGACACCCCGCCUGUGACGCUGCCUGAGCGCAGCCUGGCCGCCGUGGCCGAGUUCAUCAAGUCGGGCCGCGCCCGCCGCAUCGUCGUCCUGACCGGCGCAGGCAUCUCCACCGCAGCAGGGAUCCCCGACUUCCGCUCCCCGGAAACAGGCCUCUACGCCAACCUGGCGGCGCUGGACCUCCCCGAGCCCGAGGCGGUCUUCGACCUGACCUUCUUCAAGUCUAACCCGCGGCCGUUCUACGCGCUGGCCAAGGAGCUGUACCCGGGCGUGCGCUACCGGCCGACCGUCUCACACGUCUUCAUCGCGCUGCUCGCGCGCAAGGGCCUGCUGCACCAGCUCUUCACGCAGAACAUCGACUGCCUGGAGCGCGCCGCGGGGAUCCCGCCCGAGCUGAUCAUCGAGGCGCACGGCAGCUUCGCCACGCAGCGCUGCGUCGAGUGCAAGGCGCCGUUCGACGACGCCAAGAUGAAGGAGUGUGUGGCCCGCGGCGAGGUGCCGCGGUGCGAGAGCACGCCUGGCUGUGGCGGGUUGGUCAAGCCGGAUAUCGUCUUCUUUGGUGAGGCGCUGCCGCGGUUGUUCUUUGAGAGGAUGGAUAUGGUCAAGGAGGCCGAUCUGCUUCUGGUCAUGGGGACGAGUCUGAAGGUGCACCCGUUCGCGGGGCUGCCGAACACGGCCGACGAAGAGGUGCCGAGGGUCUUGUUCAAUCUGGAGCGGGUGGGGUCGUUUGGCACGCAGGCGGACGACGUGCUGGUGCUGGAGGACUGCGAUGCCGGGGUGAGGAAGCUAGCGGAUGAGCUGGGCUGGAAGGAUGAGUUGGAGAGGACGUGGAGGGACUUGGUGGGGGAAGAAGAGGCCGAGAGGCAGCUGCAAGGAGCGAAGAAGAGGGUGGCCGCUCUGCAUGAUGAGGUUAGCAAGCUCGCGGACGAGGUGGAGGAAGUGCUCCAUAUCGGUGAUAAGGGGGGCAAGGAUGGUGCGGAGAAAAAGGUCACCAAGCAGAAUGAGGAGGGCAGAUCAGCCCCUGUUUCUGCUGGAGACGACGGAGGGGGCAAAGAAACAGAGGCGGACCAAGCUGCUGUUGAGUCCCGCCCUGAAGAUAACGCGGAUCUGUCAGGACCUCGGGACAAGAGCUCUACGGGUCAAGAAGAGCAGGUAGACGGUCCUGAGAAUUUCGCAAAGAAGGCGGCCCUGUAGAAUUUUAGCGGCUCGCUGUUAUCUACAGACUAGCAAGCGUUCUAGAGAAGAAAGAGGGAGUCUCUUCACCUGCUUUGAAAACCCUGACUGGUAGAUCGAGUCCCUCGUGAAGUUACUUGGCUCCACCGUAUAUUUGGUCAAU